AUGAGCGGCCGCGAAGUAAUCGAGCAACCCGCCCCCCUCCCCCCAACCACAAACGACGACGGCGAACCCAUCAAACAACGCACCGUCGAACAGCAACAAAAAUCCGACCAGGCCCUCGCCAAACACCGCCGCGAAUCCGGGCAAGAAACCAAUCGCUCGCGCUCCUCCUCCCGUCGAGACCGCCGCAAACGCAUCCGCGACUCGCAGCGCGAUGGCAAGUUCAUGCAGACCAACUCGCUCGAGGCGCUGGAGGAGGCCGACGCGAACGGGGAAACGAGCGCGAUGCAGCCGUUCGAGCGCAUAGGGCCCGACUCGACGAGUAUGGAUGGGCCGGUGACGCAAGCGCGGGCGAUGAGGGGGGAGAUUCCAGUGAGGGGGAGUAAUCCGGAUCAGCCGUAUUAUAUGACGCCGGAGCCGGAGAAGGGGAGCGAGUUGAAGAAUCAGGACGGGUUGAAAUUGUCCCUCGAAGCGAAUCUGGAGAUUGAGAUUGAGCUCAAGGCGAGCAUUCGAGGGGAUCUGACGUUGUCGCUAUAG